CCGAGGCGAGGCAGUGAAAGGAAGUGCGCGUCUUCCCCUGUAAAUUACUUCAUUUCACACUUGAGGACCAGCCAGAAGACGGACGUUCCCGGUUUGUCCUUCUGAGCUGUUUUAAGAAGACAAGCUGAAAGUUUAAUUCCCCACCGCCGUCCAUCAAAUGACCAAGACUCGGAUCGCGGAAUCGAUGAUGGAACCCCGGACAGCAGCCUGGCUUUUGGUGACAAUCUACAUGAUGAGCCUUUUGCCCCAAGGCCUGCUGGGUAACGACGCCACGCCGAGGGUCCGAAGGGUCAAACGAGGCUGGGUGUGGAACCAGUUUUUCGUCCUGGAAGAGUACACCGGGAUGGACCCGCUUUAUAUCGGAAAGCUCCACUCAGACAUGGACAAAGGCGACGGUUCCAUCAAGUACAUCCUAACAGGCGAAGGUGCCGGGUCCACCUUCACCAUUGACGACAGCACCGGCGACAUCCACGCCAUUCAGAGGUUAGACCGCGAGGUCAAGGCCCAGUAUGUGCUGCGAGCGCAAGCCCGAAACCGCCUCACCGAUCGACCGCUCGAACCUGAAUCCGAGUUCAUCGUCAAAAUUCAAGACAUUAACGACAACGAGCCCAAGUUCCUGGACGGACCCUACCGGGCUUCAGUGCCGGAGAUGUCCAAAAUAGGAACACCGGUGAUCCAGCUAACCGCUACUGAUGCUGACGACCCAACGUACGGCAACAGCGCCCGUGUCGUCUACAGCAUCCUGGAGGGUCAGCCUUACUUCUCGGUGGACGCCAAGACAGGUGUUGUGCGGGUAUCAUUGGCCGACAUGGAUCGAGAGACCAGAGAGAACUACACGGUGGUCAUCCAGGCGAAAGACAUGGGUGGUCAGUUGGGCGGCCUGGCAGGAACCACCCGCGUCGACAUUUCGCUCAGUGACGUGAAUGACAAUCCGCCCGUUUUUGAUCAAAGGUUGUAUCAGAUGAGCGUCCCUGAGUCAGCCUCAAUCAAUUCCGAGGUGGGCCGAAUCAGAGCAAAUGACCGUGAUGUGGGAGUCAACGCCGACAUGACGUACAGCGUCAUCGACGGCGACGGAAGAGAUGUCUUCGGGAUUGUCACCGACCCUAGCGACAGACACGCCAUCAUCACCAUCAAGAAGCCGUUGGACUUCGAGACGAAGCGCAGUUACACGCUGAAAGUGGAGGGCGCCAACACGGGGGCUUCGACCUUCCGCGACGUGACCAUCGUGCACGUGAGCGUGGACGACGUGGACGAGCCGCCCGCCUUCGACGCGCCCGCUUACCUGCUGGACGUGGCUGAGGACGCCGACGUGGGCGCGUUGGUUGGGACGGUUGCCGCCAGGGACCCGGACGCCGACAACAACACCGUCAGGUACUCUUUGGACCGCACAAGUGAUCCCGACAAGUUCUUCUAUGUUGACAUCACUUCGGGGGCUUUAAUGACGUUGCGACUUCUGGACCGCGAGCAGCUGGGUUGGCACAAUAUCAGCGUGCUUGCCAUGGAAAUGAAUAAUCCAUCUCAACUAUCCAGCGUGGCCGUUUCUAUCCGCGUGCAGGACGUCAACGACAACGCGCCCACGCUAGGUGACUUCCUAGAGGCUUAUGUAUGUGACGGAGCCAAGGCCGGACAGUUGAUCCAGGCGGUGACGGCCGUGGACCCGGACCAACCCGCCGGCGGACAUCGCUUUUCCUACGCCUUGGCGCCACACGCCGCUAACAACCCCAAUUUUACCCUACGAGACAACCAAGAUAACACUGCAUGGGUGCUAACGCGUCGCGGCGGCUGGUCCCAGAGGCAGCAAAGUGUCUUCUACCUUCCCAUCACAGUGACGGACGGUGACGCCCCCGCAAAGUCCAGCACAUCCACGCUGAGCGUUCGCGUGUGCGCUUGCGACCGCGACGGCAGCGUGGUGACCUGCGACGCCGAAGCUUACAGCCUGCCCGCCGGCCUCGGAAGGGCGGCGCUCAUCGCUAUCUUGGGCGCCAUCCUCGUGCUCCUGGUGAUGAUCCUGCUCAUGCUAUCCCUACGCACGCACCGCAAGAAGCCGUACCUCGGCGACCAGGAAGAGAACGUUCACGAAAACAUCGUCCGCUACGACGACGAAGGCGGCGGCGAGGAGGACACGGAGGCCUUUGACAUCGCCGCCAUGUGGAACCCGCAAGUGGUGCGUCCCCACCCGGGCGAGACGCGACAAGACAUGCUCCCGGAGAUCAGGAGUUUGUCCCGCUACGUCCCGAUGGCGAGCACCAGCGUGGGCGGCGUUCACGGCUACGUGCUGUCUAAGCUACUGGAGGCCGACGCCGACCCUUGCGCGCCGCCCUACGACUCCCUGCAGACGUACGCCUACGAGGGCGAGGGAUCGAUAGCCGAGUCGCUGAGCUCGCUACAGUCGGGCGCGUCGGGCGGGGACCACGAGUACGACUACCUCAACGAGUGGGGACCGCGCUUCAAGAAGCUAGCCGAGAUGUACGGAGUGCUGGAUGCUAACAAUCCUCCAGUGUGGUAGCAUCGGCAAACAGCCCGAGAAUAACACAAAAGCGCUGAAAGCACUGAAUCUGAAACCUUUUGGUGGACUGUGGCAACAAACAUCGGAUUCUAAAGCACACGUGAAGAAAAUAGGUGCCAACUCAUCAGGUCUGGAGCGCUAACAUAUUUGACGACGUCACAAAUUGGCGCGUGGACGGAGAUUUCAGUUUGGAAUGAACGCAAAAGAACAGAGACGGACAAGACGUCAAAGCAGUGCAUUGACGGAGAUUUCAGGAAUUAUAGAAAUGAACAGAAACGGACGAUAAGCAAGUAGUGUUGUACCGAUACCAUGUGUUGGCUUUUGAUAGCGAUUCCUACACCCAGCUGUGUGGUAUCGGCCGAUGCAGUUACUAUACCGAUACAUUUCUUUUAAUGCUAAAUUACUGUAAGUAAUUGCUAUCAUAGCCUGGUCAGACAACUCAUAACUCCAACCGUUGAUGGCGCAUGCACUGACCUUAAAAUAAAGUCUUAACUAGCUUAUUUUUAAGCCAAUUUUGAAAAAAUCCUUUAAUCAACGACAAAGUAUCUUCUAGUCACUCAGGCGCUAGACGUCCAAUCCAUCUGAAGUGGGAAGGUUGGCGUAUGUUAGUGCCAUAUCGGUUCAGAUACCGAUGCUAGCAUCAUUUUCGGUGCAACACUAUUCGCAUAUCAAGCUAACUUGAAAGCACACGUUAACAAAACAGCGCCAAAAAGGACGCUAACGCUGUCGCGUCGUGUCCGGAACUCAACUUUACAUCUAUUUAUGUCAGAGUUAAAUUAUUCGCGCUCGCUCAAACGAGAUGUUCGGACGAGCCUUUCAUUCGGGACACCGUCGUGCCAGCAGAGUUCGACGGAAAGACUCCUUAAUCUGCAUUAAGUGCCAAAUGUAUAUGUAUAAAAAAACAGGAUUUCCAACAAAAGAGCACCAAGAGGAAGCAGCAAAAUGGUACUUUUUGAUCUUUUUACUUGAACAUAUGUGGGCGCUCAUGCUACGCUAACGUAGUGUGUGAAUGUCAGUACUUUUUUUGUAUUCUUGCUAAUAAAACACUAGAAAGCUAGUUUGGUGUCCUGAUUAUGUUCUGGAAUUGUAGUCCAUUGAUGAGAGACGUCCAUUCAAGAGGCGAUUGAAAACUAAAAAUUCUUUCGUUUUCUACAAGUUGCAAUAUUAUUUAUUAUCACAGCAGAAGGUUCAUUGGAUGCCACACGACUGGACGUUUAUCUUUGUCAAACGGUGGAGGUUGGUGAUACACAAAACGCAUCAAUGAACAUAUACACUCCUGGCCAAAAGUUUCGGCACCCCAGCACUUC